AUGGACGAAAGGUUAUUACAGAAAUACAAAGUAAAAGUUUUUGAAUGGGGAAAAUGUUUUGACAAAAUGCUUGAAGCAUUGAAAUCACUAAUUUACCUUUCAGAAUUUGAGAAUUUUGAAUUUGAUGAAGAAGAAAAACAAUUGCUGGCAUUAUGCAUUAAAAAUAAAAUUUCAGAUUAUAGAAAUAUGAUCAGUCUGAUAUUAGAGGAACAAACAAAACAGUUAAACAGCAAUGCUGAUCUUGCAAAAAUAUGCAAUGAGUAUAUUAUCUCACUUAGAAAAAAUAUCAAAACAUUUUUACAAUCAGUUGAUGAAACUGCAGAUCACUUGAUUGCGAUAUCAUUUGCUGGAAAAUUUUUUAAAGGAAAGAUUAAGUCUGAUAUAUCACGAUAUAAACUUGAAUUUGGACUUUGCAGCCUCAGAGAUUCAAAAAAAAUACAUGAAGAGGUUUAUGCAUUAUUUUGCAAACAUCCAGACAAAAUAGGUUCAUUAUCCUUGAGGCUCAUUAAGGAUUUCGCAUCCAUUCUUGCAGAGAAAUACGGUGAAAAAGAACUGGCAGUCCACAUGUUAAAUCUGGCCAAGGAAAUACAUCAGAUUCAAGUAAACGAACAGGGAAACACGCAAAAACGUGCUCAAAUAGAAGUUGAUCUCCAAGAGAUUAAAGAUUGUAUUAAAAAGUGGAAAUAA